CAGUUACCUACAAAAGAAAGAAAGUUGAGAAUAAGAAUAACAAUGCCGGGAUAUUUAUAUUUGUGGUGACUAAGGUUUUCUUCUUAAAGAUAAUGUUGAAAUAUACCUAUGUAUAAGGGAUAUGCCACCAGAAUUAAGUGAAAAAAUCUAUCUUCAGUUGGAGAUAUGUUAGUUGAUGAAGUAUAAUGUUUAUUAAACGUACUUACUUAAUGUGUAACAAAACCGGGUUCAGGUUAUGCAUCCGACUUUAUAGAAUUAAUUCGGAUCAGUCUUAUUAGGAUUUUUUUUUUGAAAGGUAACUAUCAUUAACACAACUACCGACCCAAGCCGGGCCGGCAAAGAACAACAACUCCAAUUACAUAUUUACAAAAGACAACCAAUCCCUCCACUCCAAAUCUUUGUAUUUCGAUCUAUAGGAAAACCAUAAAAAACCCAAAGCCUUAAUCUCACUCAAAAUGAUCACUAUUCUAAUCGGGGUAUUGGAGAAUUUAGCAUUGUUCCUAGCUCGCCACAAGCUCCAACAACCAAUCAAUAUAAUUCCUUGAACCGCUUUCUUUUUCUUCUCCGUUGCAUCGAGGUCUUUGAAGAUAGUUAAAAGGUCUUUGAGAUAAAAAGCGAAAAUGUUAGGGAUCUUACACCAAACACUUACACCAUUCCAAACAUUUGCGGAACUAAUACACGUAUUAAACACAUGGUCGACGGUUUCUUCUUCCGAGUUACACACCGGGCAUAAGGUUGAGUGGACACCUAUAUUUCUCCUUAUUAAGGCUUCAGCGGUAGGAACUUUAUCCAUCUCCAUUCUCCAAGCGUGUAUGUUAACUUUUGCGGGGACCCAUUUGCACCAACUCAAGAUGAAAGAACUACCUUGAACCUCCUCCUCUUUCAACAAUCUUUUAACGGAUUUAACAGAAAACGUACCUGUCGGGUCUGCACUCCACUUCCACCGAUCUGAAUAUACCGAGAUCAGAACCCCCGCAAGGUCCGAUUGCAGCUGAAAUAGGCUCGAGACUUGGCCAGCGGCUGCAAAAUCAGAACGCCAGCUCCAGUGAAACUGAACCACAUGAUCGAUUAGCUUAAUUCUAUCGGCCACACAACAUUUCUUUUUAACCUCCAAGCUGAAUAGAUCGGGAUAUAUGUUUUUAAGAGGGUCAUUAAACAGCCAGGGAUCUAACCAGAAAGAUAUAUCCUCGCCAUUACCCACCGUACCUCUCAAAAAGCUUCUUAGAGGCCGCCCUCCUACCUUCGUUUUGAUAAAAUUCUUUGCUAUGUCAAGCCAAACACCGGAGCUCGUGUUUUUAAAAGGAAUGCACUCCCAACCCACCCGACUCGAAUGGGUGGCAUCAACGACUCUUUUCCAGAGAUUAUUCUUCUCAGUCUUGUACCUCCAACCCCAUUUGGAUAACAAAGCCGUAUUGAUCACAUCUAACUUAUUCAAGCCCAAACCUCCAUUUUUCUUGUGCCGAGAAACCUUCUCCCACGCAACCCAAUGCAUCUUUCUUUCUUCCAAGUUACCUCCCCACAAGAAAUUUUUUAUCAUAGACUCUAAUGUAGCAAUCACUUUCUUUGGAGCUUUAUAAAGCGAAAAGUAAUACGUUGGUAAACUUUCCAAACCGAUUUUAUGAGCACCACCCUUCAACCAAUAGAGAGAAAUUGGGAUUUCCAUUUUGCAAGCCGUGCACGGAAAGUGUCACAAACCGGUUGCCAAUUAGAUAUCUGCUUCAUAUUCGCUCCGACUCUGAGCCCAAGAUACUUAAAAGGCGGACAAUCCGGAAGCCCUUUCGUGCAUGAUCGAGAGCGCGAAGGAAGCUGAUGUGAUUAGAGGUAUUAAGUUAUCUAACAAUGGUCUGUGUAUCUCUCACUUUCUUUACGCGGACGACGCUAUCAUGAUGGGGGAUUGGUCUAGGAAUGAGGUGGUGAACGUGGUUAGAAUUCUUCGGUGUUUCUACUUAAGUUCGGGGUCUCAUUAGGAUUAAAGUAACAAUUGGCAGUUUAAAAAAGUCCAACUCCGUUAUUUUUACUACAUUAAUUAACACCUUUUGUCCCCUCACACAUUCAUUAUUCAACUUCUCUCCCUUUACUCUCUCUCAAUGGCUCUCAAAUUUUGUCACCCAUCUUCGAUCACUCUUUCUUCCCGUUAUUUUCGUCUCUCCCUCUCUUAUACCACUCUAGAAGCAAUUUUUCUUACCAUCUUUCUCAUACCAUCGUAUGAAUUGUAGCAUGAUUUAAAUUAUAAACAAUUUCUAUUUUGCAUUUAGUGUUUCAGUUUCUAUUUUGAUUCCUUUAAAGAUUUCCGGUAGAACGGAAUCAUUAUUAAAAUAUAUUAAUUAUUUUAAUUUUAAAACCAUAUUAUAAGACUAAUUUUUUAUGUUUAACGGUACCACAUUUUAGAUUUUUAAAAUUUCGUUUUUGUAUUGAUCUACAUUUUGUAAGUUAACACGUUAUAAUUUUACGUUUACUUUUUAUUCGGUUUACAACGCGGUCGUAACAUGCUUCUCGUUAUAUCAUAUAAAAUCGAAUUAGUUAAGAGUCGUUUAAUAAUUAAAUAAUUAUAGCAGCAAAAGUUGAACAUUUAUAUAGCUGGAACCACUAUCACCGUCACUUUGUCCAUAUUAAUAAACCCCAAAAUUCCAACCUUUACCAGCAAGACUUCCUCACUAAAACAAACCCACACCCAUUAUCCCCCCAUCUUCUCCAAUCUCCAAUCUCAUUCACAGCAAUAAUGUCAAUGCACGCAAAAACCGACUCCGAGGUAACCAGCCAGACCGCAUCAUCCCCAACCAGAUCACCACGCCGACCUGUCUACUUCGUCCAAAGCCCAUCACGUGACUCUCACGACGGCGAAAAAACCACUAACUCAUUCCACUCAACUCCGGUUUUAAGCCCCAACGGCUCACCGGGUCGCCACUCCAGAAACUCAUCUUCUACCCGUUUCUCCGGGUCGCUCCGACCCGGCUCCAGAAAAUCCAGCCAACAACUCCAGCCGGUGAAACACGGCAAAGGGUUCGAUGCAAUUGAGGAAGAAGGGUUGGUUGACGAUGAUCACCGGAGAGGGAUCCCACGUCGGUGCUAUUUUUUGGCGUUUGUUGUCGGGUUUUUUGUUCUGUUUUCGUUUUUUGCGUUGGUUUUGUGGGCUGCUGCUAAACCUCAGAAACCGGAUGUUGUGAUGAGGAGUAUUUCGUUUGAUGAGUUUGUGGUGAAUGCUGGAGCGGAUGCGUCUGGAGUUGCUACUGAGAUGGUGAAUAUGAAUGCUACGAUUAGGUUUAAUUUUCGGAAUCGGGGUACCUUUUUUGGAGUUCAUGUGUCGUCGACGCCGUUAGAUCUGGCCUACACGGAGUUAACCCUAGCUUCUGGAACUAUCAAGAAAUUUUACCAAUCAAGAAAAGGGCACAGGCUAGUAAGCGUAAAUUUACAGGGCCGUGGCGUUCCAUUAUACGGUGGGGGUGUAAACUGGAGUAGCCAAAACGGCAAACUGACCGCACCAGUGCCGCUGAACCUUAACUUCACGGUUAAAGCCAAGGCUUAUGUUCUCGGCAAAUUAGUUAAACCCAAGUUCCAUAGAAAGAUCUCUUGUGCCAUUGUUUACAAACCCACCAAGGUCAAUGUACCUAUUUCGCUCAAGAACGCUUGCAACGUUGAGUAACCAUAACAUAUAUCAAAACGUCAAAAGUGGGAGGUCAAGAGUUCGAACACGUAUUUAUAAAAAUAUACUUUCGGUGUGUAAAUUAUAGUUAGUUUUUGUUUAAUUGAUUGAAGAUAAGAAACUGAAGGAGAGGAAAUGAGAUGGGUGGGCUCGGGCAGAUCUGAAUAUUACGGGUAGUCGUCAAUUAGCAGGGCAGCUGAUGACCUGGUACUACGGUAGGUGUCGGUGGGAAUUGGAACUGAUCUGUAAUUGUUGUAUUUUUUUAUUUUAUUUUAUUUUCUAACUAUUUAAUGAAAAACUUAUAAUUUUAUAGUACCACUACGUUAUGAUUCCUGCA